AUGGAUGUGAGCAGUCUGCUGCUGGAGAGGAAUCAAAGUGGGCUGACUUGUCUUCAGCUUCUCGCCAGAAUGCCCACUGCUUUUCGGAGCCACUACCCUCUGGGAUCCCUUGCCAAUCUCAUCUAUAACUCGCUUCCGGAUGAAAUAUACGAGAUUGAAGUUUACGAUAGCUUCGAGUUGCUUAGGCCUUCCUCAGACUUAGAAACUGGACAACAAAAUGAUGCCAAGCCACCAGCUUCAGUGUUCGUGGGGAUUGAUUUCCUCUGGAGAAGAAAGAAGCAUCAUCAGUUAGCAGAGCGUCUGGCCAAGUUUCUGGUUAAGCAUGAUUACUCGUGGCAGAUCUCUUACAAUCAUAUUAAGAAAACACUGGUCGUUUUGCUAUCUGUUGUUUACAACGUCGCAAAAAGGAAGAAACAAGUGGAACGCAAGGAAGAGAAGAGGCAAGACAAACAGGAUCUUGAUGACGACGACGACGACCAAGAUCCAAACAAACAAGCAGAAAAGAAACACCAUUAUGGUAAUCACACUCCAUUGCUGGUUGCUGCGAGCAAUGGGAUUAUAGAAAUCGUUCAACUGUUCCUUGAAGAGCAUCCAGAGUCUGUAAAUCAUGUAAGUGAAGAUGAACAAAACAUACUCCACAUGGCCGUCAAGCAUCGUCAGCUAGAAAUCUUCAAACUUCUCAAGAAAAAUCCAUCUUUUGGCACAUUGGUCAAUCGAAUAUCUAGGGAGAAUCAUACAGUUUUGCAUCAAGUUGCUAGAAUGGAUUAUUACAGAGUAGCUAGCCUUGCUGGUGCAGCUUUCCAACUUCAGGCAGAGCUAAAAUGGUACAAAACGCACAAGCAUGGAUCAAGCAAAAUGCCGAGUCCUGCUCCACCUGUCGGUGCUCGUGGCCACGGUUGUUUUGCGGCGGCCUACACCAUCCCGGGAGGGAGUGAGGGCGGCACUCCGGUGUACCUCAGAUCGUCGGUGUUCAUUUUCUUCACCGUCAUGGACAUCGUGGCACUUGCCUUCUCCUUGGCUUCCGUGGUGAUGUCUCUUUCCAUCCUCACGUCGCCGUUUGAGCUCUGGGAUUUUAAGAGGUUGCAAUGGAAGCAAUGGACUUCGACUUUGGUUUAUAGUGCUGCGUUCUUUCCUGUGACCAUAUUUGGAUUGAUCGAAUUCCCACUUUAUAUGAUGCCUCCAAGCCUCAUCUGCAAGGUACACAAGAAGAUCAUGAAGAUUCUUUAUAUGGUAUGCAAAGCCAUAGAACGAUCCAUGGCUUCCUCGUCUUCGCUUCCAAUCAUUUCUUCCUCUGAUUCAGUCGUUGCCUUCUCUCAUUCCAUUUUUGUCAAGCUUGAUGAUUCCAACUUCCUCAUCUGGCGGCAACAAGUUCUUAGUGCGGUGAAAGGAUAUGCUCUUGAAUUAUUUCUUGAUUCAUCAAUUGCUCCGCCUGAGCAAUUUGAACUUCAUGAUGAUUAG